AAAAAUUUAUGAAAACUCCUUCAGUUACGGCAUCGUCCUACUACUGAGUGUUGCCCUUUCCAGUUCCCUCAUUUCUCCUGCGGAGGCUAGACCCCUUACAACUCUUGACGCCUGCACACUUCCCCUCGCUAACCGGUCAGGACUCGCUGCACGCUCCCCUUCCUGAAGGAGCUGGCUGUCACGGGGCUCCGCUGGUGUCGGCGUCGAGGAUGCAGGGAGUUUGUGCGUGUGACUCUGGGCUCUGCCAUCGGAAAACCUGUUAUGGACAAUAAGGAAAAUAAGCGAAAGAAAAAUCCAUGAAAGAACUUUAUCGGGGGCUUGUUUUCCCGGGAAGGGGCGUUAGCCUAGAUGUCCUUCCCGUACCAGAAGAAGCCUCGUCCGAAUCUCUCCCUUAACCUCAGCCAGCCCAUCGUGAUCAAACCUCAGAGGAAAACGGGUCUCAAGCACACCAAUAGCGUAUGUCUCCCUGUCACGAAGUCCGUUCAUCCAACCUUGCACGGCGGAGGCGCUUCCAUGACGUCACGACUCUCGUUCUCCAAUCACAAGUCGUCGUCGCACCCAACGAUCAAUCACGCAUCGUCCUGCCAUCACCCGUCGGCCGAUGACACAUCCAUGACGACAGAUGCGCCAAUGCCCAAUCAACAUUCGACAAAGAUGGUGACGUCAAUGGAAGUAGCCAGUCGCAUAUCCUCCUCGUCCGAGAGCGAGGAAGAUGGCGAGGGUUGGCUACUUCUCAACGAGCGAAGCAAACCGUGGCCGGAACCGGACCAGAGUGAGGUGAAUAUUGCUGUUUAAUGUCU